UUGCCACGUACAUGGAAACGCGAAAAUGGCGCCACCAGAUUCAAUUAAAAAAGUGCUUGAAGAUUUUAUCGACAUACAUAGAACUCAUCCGUGUCUUUGGCAAAUCAAAAGCAAAGAGUACCAUGAUCGAGACAAAAAAGAAGCUGCUUAUAAAUUGCUCAUAGAAAAACUGAGAGAAAUUGAGCCAGACGCGAACAAAGCAGUAGUUGUGCGGAAAAUAAAUAAUUUGAGAAGCAACGUUAGAGAGGAAAAGAAAAGACAUGAACAAUCUUUAAAGUCUGGCGCAUCUGCUGAUGAUGUAUACUAUGUCAAUUUGUGGUACUACGAUUUAUUUAAUUUCUUACAUGAUCAAUGCACUCCCAGGGAAUUUUCAUCCAACUUGGAUAGUAAUGGCGAAAAUAGUUGUGAGAGAGACAACGCUCAGGAAUCUUUGAUUGCCGAUCAACAAUAUUCAAGUGAAACAACUGACAAUAACGAGGCCACACCAUCAUCGUCAAAACCGGGUAAAGCAAAAAGGAAAGAUGAAACCGUAGCAAAUGAAUUGUUGGAAUCGGUACGGGAUCAUUUUAAACGUCCUCGUAACUUAACAGAAGACCGCUGUGAUGUUUUUGGAAAAAAUGUGGCGAUGAAACUGAGGGCUUUGGAUGCGGAAAAAAUGGUUGUCGCCGAAAAAUGUAUUAACGGUUUACUUUUUGAAGCAGAAAUAGGACACCUCAAUCCCGAUCACUGUGAUUUCUGA